GGACGACUUAAUGAAUUAUACGCAAUAUUCAUUUUCAAGGGUGAUACAAAGCGGCAAUGCCGGCUCCUAAUCCAUCCACAGUUGUCUGCUUCGACGUCUUCGAGCCUCAGACCUCCACCUGGCAGUACAUUGUAGUCGACCCGGCCACGAGAGUUGCCGUCAUCAUCGGGCCAGUCCUCGACUAUGACCAAACCCGCAACACGGUCUGUACCAAGCACCUCAAGUCCGGCAUGUCCGAGGGCGAGUUUGUGGCCUCUGGCGGACGGCCCGGGAGGCGACGCGGGCCGAGCCCAGGCUGAUCCAUUAGGCUCUGCAGGGCAAUAUCCGGGCGGGGACGCAGCCGCGAGAUGGGCUCUGCGUGUACUUUGUUAGGGUGGAGGGGAACGAGUGAUGAAAUACGAUCCCAUACGGUUGAACUGGGUUAUUGCCCGCGAUGUCGGUAAUACGGAUUGAAAGGUGUAGAAGUUGGCAGCGCGAACACUUGCCACAUCACUUAUACAACACUUUCCUGACUUCCCGGUUAUGG